AUGGCCCAGGUUGGUGGAGCAAUGGGCCGGCUGGUGCGUUGGGCCUUGGCGUCGAAAGCGUGCAUAGCUGGACCUCGCUGGAAGAGGCAGGACGCGGUAAACGCGGUUGGGACGAGCGGGCAUCCUCUGCUUGAUAGGAAGCAGAGCCGCUGCGGCGCGGGCAACUCCGAAGGAGGACGGAGCGACGGGAACGGGAGGAGAUCGCUGGACAUGGCGCAGGGCUGCCCGAAUCUCGCUGGAGAUGAAGCAGAUCGGGUGGUGGCGCAACAAACGUGGCCGGCUGUGGGCUCCUGUCCAUGGGGGAAAAGAGAGAGGCCACGGAUAAGCACAUGCAAGACAUACAUCAAGUGUUCUCAAAUCCUUAAAGACUUAAUCCGAUAA